AUGACCUGAUGAUGAACUUUUUCAUUCAUUUAAUCUUUUUUUGGUUUUUGUUUUUUGUCUUUCUUUUUCUUUGGAUACUUAUCAAAAAGAAAGCAAAAUUUUUAGUUAUAGCCAAACAUGAUUAUUAUCCGGUUAAUGAUGAAACAGAUUUAGCAUUAAAAAAAGGUAAACAAUAUGAAAUUCUGGAUUCAUCCGGUGUUUGGUGGAUGGCACGUGAUUAUAAUGGUCAAAUUGGUCUUGUACCAAAUAAUUAUCUUGAAACAAUAAAAACAACAACAACAAAAUAUUCAUUUGAUGAUGAUUAUUAUCAUAAUCAUAAUCAUCAUAAUAAAAGUGUAAUAAAAAAUGAUAAAUCUUUAUGUGAUAAUAUGGAACAAGAACAUCAUCAUCAACCGAUAAAAUCAUCCGCAUCAUCUGCAUUCAUGUUGACAUCGGCCAAAUCUUUCCAAGCAUCACCAUCAUUGCCAAAUGAUCAUAUCGAUAUACAAAUGUUUUCAUUAUUUCAACAACUUUGGUUUUUUACAAUUGAUCGUGAAACAUCUGAACAAUUAUUACAACAACCAUGUAAUCCGAAUGGUUGUUUUCUUGUACGGCCAUCAUUCAGUGAAAAUAAAUGUCUUACAUUAUCUGUAUUGAAAAUAAAUCGAAACAGUCAAAAAUCAUCAACAACCGAAGUAAAACAUUAUCUAAUACAAAAAGAAAAUUUACCUAGAUUAUUAUUAUCCGAUUCAAGAGAAUCAUCAACAUCAUUAUCAUCAUUGAAUGAUGAUGAUUUGAAUGAUAUGGAUGAUAUGGAUAAUACAGUUGUAUAUUUUAUUCGUUCGGAAGAGAAAUUCGCAUCGAUUGAAUCACUGAUUGAACAUUAUCGAAAACAUCGUGGUCAUUUAAUUACAAAAUUAACACAAGUACCAUGUCGUGCUAAUUUUAUAUGGCAAAAAAAUUCAAUGAUAUUACAACAUCAACAAACAAUAUUAAAUUCAAUGUUUAUGAAUAAUAAUUGUAAAAUAUUAUCGAAAAAUAAUCAUUCAAAUGUUAUUAAUCGACAAUCAUCAUCAUCCAAACGUUUUACAACGGAUUUAACACGUGAUAAAUCUUGGGAGAUUAAAGUAUCAGAUUUACAAUUGCUGGAAGAACUUGGUUCUGGACAAUUUGGUGUUGUACGACAUGGAAAAUGGAAAGGAAAAUAUGAUGUUGCUGUUAAACUGAUGAAAGAAGGUACAAUGUCGGAAAGAGAUUUUAUUGAAGAAGCUAAAGUAAUGACAAAAUUACAACAUCCAAAUCUGGUUAAAUUACAUGGUAUUUGUAUUGAACAUCGACCAAUUUGUAUUGUUGCUGAAUUUAUGAAACAUAGCUCACUUUUAUCAUUUUUACGUAAAAAUGAACAAAAAAUUCUUGAUUCAUUACAACGUAUACGUUUUCUAUUGAAUAUGUGUAUACAAGUGGCAAGCGGUAUGGCUUAUUUAGAAAGUCAUAAUUAUAUUCAUCGUGAUUUGGCUGCUCGAAAUUGUCUGGUUGGACAUGCGAAUACGGUUAAAGUUGCCGAUUUUGGUUUAACAAGAUAUGUGAUUGAUGAUGAAUAUACAUCAUCUGGUGGUACAAAAUUUCCAAUUCGUUGGGCACCACCUGAAGUUCUUUGGUUUACUCGGUUCAGUUCUAAAUCUGAUGUUUGGGCUUAUGGUAUUUUAACUUGGGAGGUAUUUAGUCUAGGUAAACUACCAUAUGGUAAAUUAACAAAUGCUGAAGUAGUUGAAAAAAUUCGUGAAGGAUAUCGUUUAGAUAAACCAAAACAAUGGUGUCCAUUGGAAAUAUUACAAAUAAUGAAAAUGUGUUGGCAUGAAAUACCCGAAAAACGACCAUCAUUUCAAAAAAUUGAACAAUUUUUAUUACGAUUAAAAGAACGUGAUCUUGAUAAACAAAUUGUAACAACAAAAUCAACAACAACUGCUAUAGCAUCAACAGCAGCCGUUAAUAAUAGCUUGUUAGCCAACACUACUAACAUUAUAACCGCUACAACAAAACAAAAUAAAUCAACAAAACAAAUUUUGAUAUGAUGAAAUUCAUAAUA